UUGAAUUCCGAGGUGUUGGCCGUGGAAGCCGUGGCUAUUUUUCUGGGAUCAUCUUGGAAUUGUGUUGUUUCGCCAACGCUCAAAGCAGUGCGCGUGUAAUCAACUAUAACAAUAGCCGGCAGUAGAGUGUUUUCAGAGAAAGAAGCGGAGAGGGAAUCAGGGAAAGGGGGGAGGGUUGGCAUUUUUCCUCCCAGCGGAAGGAGACGGAUCGAGUAGCAGCGUGUUGUUGCGCUCAGGCACCAGAAUGAGAGCUCUUUGGAAUCGUAGCGCCACCGAGCCUUGGAACCAGUGAAGAAUGGAGUCGAGUGGAAUAUUAUAGUUAGAUGGUUGCCGGCCCAAACGUAAAUACUGUAACACUCAUUAACUCCGAACGUAUAGAAAGACAGACAUGCAACCCCUACGCUGAAGAGGAGCAGUAGGGGCAAGAAAAAGGGGGAAAGAUGGGCGCCGUGCUACGGAGUCUGUUGUUGUGUAGUUUUUGUUUGCUAAUACGAGGUACGCCCCUGCUGCUGUACGCCAACCGGCGGGACCUGCGCGUGGUGGACGCGGGGGCGGCGCGGGCCAACGCCACAGUGGUGGUGGGGGGCCUGGAGGACGCGGCCGCGGUGGACUAUGUCUACAGCGCCGGCUUCAUCUAUUGGAGCGACGUCAGCGAGGAGGCCAUCAAGCGCACCGUUUUCAACCAAUCAGCCGCCACCGCUGGGUCCUCGGGGGCGGGACAACAGCAGGGACAACAGCAGCAGCAGGUCACGGUGGUGUCGGGGUUGGCCUCGCCCGACGGCCUGGCCUGCGAUUGGCUAGGGAAGAAGCUGUACUGGACGGACUCGGAGACCAAUAGGAUAGAGGUGGCGGAGCUGGACGGAACGCUCCGGAAGGUUCUGUUCUGGCAGGAUCUGGACCAGCCCAGAGCUAUUGCCUUGGAUCCAGAGAGGGGGUACAUGUACUGGACGGACUGGGGCGAGAUCCCAAAGAUCGAGCGGGCGGGCAUGGACGGCACGAGUCGGCAGAUGGUCAUCGACAGCGACAUCUACUGGCCCAACGGCCUGACGCUAGACUACGGCGAGAAGAAACUGUACUGGGCCGACGCCAAGUUCAACUUCAUCCACCGCUCCAACCUUGACGGCACUUCUAGGGAGGUGGUAGUCGCGGGGGAGCUUCCUCACCCGUUUGCUUUGACACUGUACGAAGGCACACUGUUCUGGACGGACUGGACCACGCACUCGGUGCACUCCUGCAACAAGGCGACGGGAGGGGAACGCCGCGAGAUCCACGCCAACAUCUUCUCCCCCAUGGACAUCCACGUCUUCAGCCAAAAAAGACAACCCUCAGUGCCAAAUCCGUGCUCGGUGAAGAACGGCGGCUGCUCCCACCUGUGCCUGCUGUCCCCCACCAAGCCCUUCUACCAGUGUGCCUGCCCCACCGGAGUACAGCUGCUGGACAACAAGAAGACCUGCAGAGAUGGCGCUACUCAGCUACUUCUCCUGGCCCGCCGCACCGACCUGCGCCAGAUCUCGCUGGACACGCCGGACUUCACGGACAUCGUGAUGCCGGCCGAGGACAUCCGGCACGCCAUCGCCAUCGACUACGACCCCGUGGAGGGCUACGUCUACUGGACGGACGACGAGGUGCGCGCCAUCCGACGCUCCUACCUGGACGGCAGUGACGCACAGCUGGUGGUCACCUCGCAGGUGAGUCACCCAGAUGGCAUCGCUGUAGACUGGGUGGCCCGCAACCUGUACUGGACCGACACCGGUACGGACCGCAUCGAGGUGACCCGGCUGAACGGCACCAUGAGGAAGAUCCUGAUCUCAGAAGAUCUGGACGAGCCCCGCGCCAUCGUGCUGGACCCAGUAGCAGGGUACAUGUACUGGACAGACUGGGGCGAGAUCCCGAAGAUUGAGCGUGCGGCGCUGGACGGGACGGACCGGGUGGUGAUGGUCAACACCUCGCUGGGCUGGCCCAAUGGCCUGGCACUGGACUACGACGAGGAGAAGGUCUACUGGGGAGACGCCAGGACGGACAAGAUAGAGGUGAUGAACAUGGACGGCAGCGGGCGCCGCAUCCUGGUGGAGGACAAGCUGCCGCACAUCUUCGGCUUCACGUUGCUAGGCGACUGGAUCUACUGGACGGACUGGCAGCGGCGCAGCAUCGAGCGCGUGCACAAGCACAAGGCGGACCGCGAGACCAUCAUUGACCAGCUGCCUGAUCUCAUGGGCCUCAAGGCCACCUACGUGCACCAGGUCACAGGUACGAACGCGUGCGCGGACAACAACGGCGGCUGCAGCCACCUGUGCCUGUACCGGCCGCAGGGCGUGGCGUGCGCCUGCCCCAUCGGCCUGGAGCUGAUCGCCGACAUGAGCACGUGCAUCGUGCCCGAGGCCUUCCUGCUCUUCUCGCGCCACACCGACAUCCGGCGCAUCUCCCUGGAGACCAACAACAACAACGUGGCCAUCCCGCUCACGGGCGUCAAGGAGGCCUCCGCACUGGACUUUGACGUCACCGACAACCGCAUCUACUGGACCGACAUCACGCUCAAGACCAUCAGCCGGGCGUUCAUGAAUGGCAGUUCCCUGGAGCACGUGGUGGAGUUUGGGCUGGACUACCCAGAGGGCAUGGCGGUGGACUGGCUGGGCAAGAACCUGUACUGGGCCGACACCGGCACCAACCGCAUCGAGGUGGCCAAGCUGGACGGGCAGCACCGGCAGGUCCUGGUCUGGAAGGACCUGGACAGCCCACGAGCACUGGCACUGGACCCGGCAGAGGGCUUCAUGUACUGGACGGAGUGGGGCGGGCGUCCCAAGAUCGACCGCGCGGCGAUGGACGGUACGGGCCGCAGCACGCUGGUAGCUAACGUGGGCCGCGCCAACGGCCUCACCAUCGACUACGCGGAGCGCCGCCUCUACUGGACCGACCUGGACACCACGCUCAUCGAGUCCUCCAACAUGCUCGGGGGCAACCGCGAGGUGAUUGCGGAGGACCUUCCGCACCCGUUCGGCCUGACCCAGUACCAGGACUACAUCUACUGGACGGACUGGAGCCUGCGCAGCAUUGAGCGCGCCAACAAGACCAGCGGGCAGAACCGCACCGUCAUCCAGGGCCACCUAGACUACGUGAUGGACAUCCUGGUCUACCACUCGUCGCGGCAGGGCGGCUGGAACGCCUGCGCAUCCACCAACGGCCACUGCUCGCACCUCUGCCUGGCCGUGCCCGUCAGCAGCUACGUCUGCGGAUGUCCCGCCCACUACUCGCUGAACUACGACAACAAGACUUGCAGUGCCCCGACAUCCUUCCUGCUCUUCAGCCAGAAGACGGCCAUCAACCGCAUGGUGAUCGACGAGCAGCAGAGUCCCGACAUCAUCCUGCCCAUCCACAGCCUGAAGAACGUGCGGGCCAUCGACUACGACCCCAUGGACAAGCAGCUGUACUGGAUCGACUCCAAGCAGAACGUCAUCCGCCGCGCGCAGGAGGACGGCAACCUGAGCAUCACGGUGGUGUCCAAUCCGCCGGGAGGUGGCCAGAACCUGGGCCUGCAGCCGUUCGACCUGAGCAUCGACAUCUACAGCCGCUACAUCUACUGGACCAGCGAGGUGACCAACGUCAUCAACGUGACGCGCACCGACGGCACGCGGGUCGGCGUGGUGCUGAGGGGGGAGCACGACAAGCCGCGCGCCAUCGUGGUCAACCCGGAGAGAGGGUAUAUGUACUUCACCAAUCUCCAGGAGCGUUCUCCCAAGAUCGAGCGUGCGGCGCUGGACGGUACGGAGCGCGAGGUGCUCUUCUUCAGCAACCUGGGCAAGCCCGUGGCUCUGGCCAUCGACAACGAGGUGGGCAAGCUCUUCUGGGUCGACUCGGACCUGCGCCGCAUCGAGAGCAGCGACCUAUCAGGUGCCAACCGCAUCGUGAUAGAGGACUCCAACAUUCUGCAGCCGGUGGGCUUGACGGUGUUUGGUGACCACCUGUACUGGAUCGACCGCCAGCAGCAGAUGAUCGAACGCAUCGACAAGACCACGCGCGAGGGACGCACCAAGAUCCAGGCCCGCAUAGCCGCCCUCAGCGACAUACACGCCGUGCACGAACUCGACAUCCGGGAGUACAGUAAGCAUCCGUGUACGUCUGACAAUGGCGGCUGCUCCCAUAUCUGCAUAGUGAAGGGGGACGGCUCCACGCGAUGCUCCUGCCCCGUACACCUCAUGCUGCUGCAGGAUGAACUCACCUGUGGAGAGCCCCCCACCUGCUCCCCGGAGCAGUUCCAGUGCACGUCGGGGGAGGUGUACUGUAUCCCGCAGGCGUGGCGCUGCGACGGCUACCCCGAGUGCGACGACAACAGCGACGAGCACAACUGCCCCGUCUGCUCGGACGCCGAGUUCCAGUGCGACAGCCGGCAGUGCGUGGAGCUGGAGCUGCGCUGCAACGGCGAGUACAACUGCCACGACCGCUCGGACGAGGACAAGUGCGAAAUCCGCUGCGCCCCUGACCAGUUCAGCUGUGCCAACGGGCCCUGCAUCGGCAAGCACAAGAAGUGCGACCACAACAUGGACUGCACGGACAACUCCGACGAACUCGGCUGCUACGCCACAGAGGAGCCUCCGCAGCCCCCCACCAACACCAUCGGCUCCAUCGUGGGCGUGGUGAUGGCGCUGUUCGUGGUGGGCGCCAUCUACUUCGUGUGCCAGCGGGUGCUGUGCCCGCAGAUGAAGGACGACGGCGAGGCCAUGACCAACGACUUUGUGGUGCACGGCCCGGCCUCCGUGCCCCUGGCGUACGUGCCACACCCCAGCUCCCUCUCCGGCUCUCUGCCAGGCAUGUCGCGGGGCAAGUCUGUGAUUGGUUCCCUGAGCAUCAUGGGCGGGAGCAGCGGGCCGCCGUACGACAGAGCCCACGUCACCGGAGCCUCAUCCUCCAGCUCGUCCAGCACCAAGGGCACAUACUUCCCACCGAUCCUGAACCCCCCUCCCUCUCCGGCCACUGUACGUUCCCAGUACACUAUGGAGUUUGGUGGUUACUCGUCCAGUCCCUCAACGCACCGCUCCUACAGGGUGUACAGCUACCGCCACUUCGCACCCCCCACCACCCCGUGCAGCACAGACGUGUGCGACAGCGACUACACGCCGGGCCGGCGCGCUCCCCCGCACCACCACCAGAGGCCAGUGGCGAGCAGCAGCAGCAACGGCGGCCCAGCGGGGGCAGGGGGCGUUGGAGGAAUUGGAGGAGGAGGGGCCGGGGCCUUCCCCUCCAAAGGUGGUGGCGGCGGCUACGCCAGCGACCUCAACUACGACUCGGAGCCCUUCCCCCCUCCCCCCACGCCGCGCAGCCAGUACAUGUCGGCGGAGGAGAACAACUGCGAAAGCUGCCCGCCCUCGCCUUACACGGAGCGCAGCUACUCGCACCACCUGUACCCGCCCCCGCCCUCGCCCUGCACCGACUCCUCCUGAGAGACACACCUGCCGUAUGGACGGACAAAUUACAUGCGCUAUGUAUGUACACACACGUAUACAAAGGUCAUGCUCCAAACAUGCCCCACUCUACUGCUACUGCUAGCCUGCUUUCCUGCCCACUCUCUCUCUCUCUCUCCCGCCAUGCGAUGCCAACUACACUGCAGCGCCACCUAUACGUGCAGCAGCUGUUACCUGGUAUGCUGCCACCUGGUGGCACCCUCACUCCUUACUGGCGGUGUAGUGGCUUUGAAUGGCCCAAUCACAGCCCAGAGGGGGUGCCCCCUCACUCCACACUCACUGUACAUAAACAGAAGCCCCCCAAACACACCAUCAUCCUCAGACUUUGGUUUUAAAGGAAGACAAGGACACGGAGGAAGAAGUGAGAAGCGGAGAUGUGGGAGGGAGAGAGAGAAAGAAAGGGUGAACGAGUGUGGCUGAAUGGAGAAGUGCAUCUAGAGUGGUGCAGUAGCACAUUCACACAGUGAAUCCCCCCUCGCCUUUCAGACUUUGAUCGGAAGGGUGAUUCCUGUACACUAUGACGGAAUGGACGGUUCAUGACUGAGAGGAGAAUCUUUUUCUUUCCACAACCGACAAAAAACAAAACAAAGCGGUGUGUAGGUGGGCCGAUGGUUGGAGCUGGCAGGACAUUUGUACAUUUUAAAGAGAGAAAAAAGAAAAACAAAAGCAUAUUUAUAUAUUUUCUAUACAGCGUUUUAUUGGUUCUUGCCAUAGAGGUUUGUAUUAAAAAAGAAAUUUGUACACUUUUUUUUUCUUUUAUUUUCAUGUUUUUGUUUUUUGUUUUAUUUCGGUUUGUUUUUAUUUUUUGUUUGGUCUCAAUUUUAAUUUUGUAUUUUUUAGAAAAAAGUUUUAUGGAAUCGACAUUUGACACUAUAUUGUUGCCUUAAUCCAGGAAAAGAACACACAAAUGAAACUACCUUCUUUGGAGACUGAAGGACUUCAGAAACACAUGAACAGAGAACAAAUCUGCAUAAUCUGAAUUAAGCAAGAAGAGGGAGAGAGGAAGCGCGAGUGAGAAACGCUGUUGGAAAACUAGGAGUGAGGGGGAGAGAGAGAGCUUUUUAUUCUUAAAGUAGCCUUUCUGAUACCAAAUAACGUCAAAACACCAAUGUGUACACUACCGAAGUGAGCGCUACAUGGGUAAACAGAGGAGAUGUGAGGAGAGGGGUUAUAAUGGGAAGGGUGGAGGGCGCCAUCUGGUGGUCCCAGGCCGCUUUUACACUGUGCCAUUCUGCAGCAACGGCAGCCAUUUUGUCAGCAGGGUUACCGAGUUAGGUAACCAUACCAACCACCGCCUGCCGGGCAAGUUGUCACUCAAAUUACAGAGUGUCAAGAAAACAUGAGACAAACUGCUUUUUGUAAUCUUUUUAGAUCCUGACAUUAUUUGUGUUGUUGGUUUUAGAAACUUUUUUUCUCCUCUUUUCUUUGGUUGCUAUUGCAAUAUUUUAAACUGGAAUCUUAGACCAUGUCCCAAUCAAUGUUUUCAAAGGACUGCUAGAAUGGAAUAAUAACCAUCAGUGGUCAGGCAUCUUGAACGAUCUAGCAGUAGAGAGUUGUUGAGAUUCAACAUUUCACAAUCACUUUACAAAUGACCACGGGCAACUGUGUGUUGGUGUGAUCAUGUUUCCCAUAGUAUUUAGCCAAAACUUUCCAAUAUUUUUCUAUUUAUUUUUAUUCCGACUCUUCACUGCUAUUCUUUGUUUCUCGCCAUUUCUUUGUGUGCUGGAUUACAAAUCACUACCUUGUAACCCUGUUUUGAUUGGGUAAGGUGUGCAGCCCAUCACUCUUUUCUAAAUUAUUGUUGUCUCUCUGCCCGGCUAGCUGUUUCUGCUGUCAUCAACGCAGACAAAACAAAAACAAGUGUUUUCUUCCGUCUGUCUUUCUGUAAAAAAACAAACAAACAAACAAAUUCCCCAUGAACAAGUUCUUGUGCCUGAGCAGGUUUUCAACAGUUGUUACAAUCAUGGGCUCUUUUUUAUGAAAGACAAGCAAAUUAAGGCAAUCAAUGCCCAGUGGAAGAAUCAAAUCCAACCGAAUGAAAAAGACAUUUUAAAUAUUUUUAUACCACAUAUUGUGUAGAUAUCAUAUUUAUAAGCUAUAAAAAGAAAAAAAUCAUUGUAAAUCUUUUCAUGGUAAUCCUUGCAGUACGUUCAUUUUUGUUUCUGUUCAUAUCCUCCAGUUAUAUCUGCCAGUCUAUUUUUCUACUCGGAAAACGGUCUGUCUGUUGCAUACGUAUGAAGACAAUCUGCGAUGGACCAUUCUGAACAUUUUUUUUUGUU